AUGACGAAUGUUCUCAACACCACCCAGAUGUUUCUGACAGGAUCAAGAUGCGUCUUCGUGAUCCAGGCUCCCACCUGUCUCUCUCCUCAACUCACCUUCAACAACUUCUCACUCUAUGGAUAUGAUCCCUACUGCGACAACAAUUAUUGUUGCUACUUCGACUUUCUGGAGAUCAGGACGACUAACCUCACCACCGGCGACGUGUAUUGUGACAUGGAUAUAAUGCCCAGCCAGGUCUUCACCUCGCCCCAGAACACAAUGAUCCUCUUCUUCUCCACUACUACUAACUUUUAUACAGGAUGGUCGGCCAAUGUUUCCUUCAUACCGAUUCCGGGAUGCACCUACAUCAUCCACCACCACACCACACCAACUACAGCCACAACACCAACUACCACCACAACAUCUACUACGACUACCUUUACCAAACCAACUACCACAACAACACCAUCUACUACGACUACUAUCAACACACAAACAACGACGACAACCUCCACCGCACCAACGACAACGACUACCAAACCAAGUAGCGCGACUUCCCCCACCACACCAACUACCCCGACUACCACCACCAAACCAUUUACUACGAUUACCACUACCAAACCAACUAGUGCCACUACCACUACUAAACCAACUAUAACUAAUACCACAACCAAACCAACUACCACGACUACCACCAUCCCAACUAAAACUACCAUAGCCACUACCACCACCGCUCCCUCACUUCCACGUUGCAAUAUAAACACUUCUGGAGGAUGUUUCGUCUGGACAUCACCUUUCUAUGGCAUCAGAAAUUAUACGGAUAACUUCAGUUGUUCAGUAACUGCACAGUCGCGCCUUGUAUCUGUGUUGCAGGGUGCGCCCUACGGAGUGAUCAUCACUGCUGACACCUUCAUGCUGGCUCGGGUAGACUACGUUAGUGUGAAUUUACCUUACAACAGGACCAAAACGUACACGUCGACCAGCUCUUGGACUCUCUCAUCUCCUUCCUUCAACUUCAACAUGCUCUUCGUUGCAGACAGCAAAUACAAUAAUAGAGGCUUCAGCAUUACCAUCUGUCCUGUACAAAACUCCUGCCAUGUGCUGGUUAACACUACCCUGGCUGGAAACACUAACUUCUUCACCACCCCAGGUUUCUUGAGCAGCCAACUGCACUCCAGCCUCACCCAGUGUGAAUGGUGGAUCGUGGUAAGCCACUUUAAUUUAACCUCUGUUACGUGGUAUUUCCUUUCAUUACAUUAA